AUGCAGGCCAGUGAUAGAUUUAACAUAAAUUCCCAGCUUGAGCACCUUCAGGCGAAAUAUGUGGGAACUGGGCAUGCGGACUUAAAUAGAUUUGAGUGGGCAGUAAACAUUCAGCGAGAUAGCUAUGCAUCUUAUGUUGGACAUUACCCCAUUCUAGCAUACUUCGCUAUAGCAGAAAAUGAAUCUAUUGGGAGGGAACGCUACAACUUCAUGCAGAAAAUGCUAUUACCCUGCGGCCUUCCUCCAGAAAGAGAAGAUGAUUGAGAUUGCUAUUAUUAAGUAAUUGAAGUUGUUGUUAAGAUUGCAGUAACCGUAAGUCAUUGUUGGGUUGAUGAAUUUCUUGUUUAUGAACCAAAGAUGUUAAGAUUUUCUUGGAUAUUGAAAUUUUCUGUAUCUAUCUUCUAAUAGACUUCUAGAUUUU